AUGACUUAUGUCUAUGGCAAUGUUAAUCCUGUGGGUAAUGUUAAGUCUAUGGGAGUAAUGAAUGUGUUAUCGCUUUCAAUGAUUGAAAGUCUGCGGAAAGUAAUGGUAGACAAUCCGUCACUUCGAUGUGUUGUCAUUAGCUCUAAUGGACCCGUCUUUUCGUCGGGACACGAUCUUAAAGAACUGGUAUGUCUUCCCAUGUUU